AGCGAGUUGACUUGAAGAUAUGUGCAGAAAUGAAGUCUUUGGCGUUACUUUUGGUUCUUGUUUCCUUAGUUGGAUUGGCCAUGUCAUGGAAUUGGCCAUGGGAGCCAUCUCCAAAAAAACCACCCGUUGUGUUUCCAAUUCCAUCGCCGAAUCCUCGCGAUAAGUGGUGCCGUCUUCAACUGGGACCUGCUUGGGGCGGAAGGUGCUAAAAUAAUUUUCAUAAUUUUUUUGAAAUAAAAGAAUAUUGAAGGUAAUGGAGAUGCAGGUUGAAGUAAAA